CUCCGUGAUCCCGCCUACUCAAUGAUGCCUGGCACUUGAUGUGCGCUGAGUGAUGACGUCACGUAAAGCGAGCAGCGCGUGUCCCAGCAGGAUGAAGUCAAUGACCAGUCAUGAAGAAGGCGACAUGAUGAAGUCUGCUGAAAACAAGAUCUGCUGUGAGACAGUAACUAACAUGGGAGAAGCUGGAGAGGUUCCUGAUGGAGCAGGCAGCAGAACCGAGGCACCUGGAGAAGUCAGCUCUUUAAUAGAUCACCUCACUUUAAUACAUAUAGAUGUGGAAAGUAAUGAUCCUGGGUUACACUCUCAGGAGAACCAAGCUUCUUGUUCGAGGAAUGUAAUGAGAAAACAGAAACACUGGGAAAAAAUCAUUGCAGCGAAAAAAAGUAAAAGAAGACAGGAAAAAGAGAGAAGAAAAGCCAGGCAGUGUGAGGAUGCCAAUGCAGGUACUGACUGCCAUCAGCACAGCAAAAAGUUUCUAAAAGCUUUAACCAAAGAACGUCUCUUAGGAGCAAAAGAUGCUGGCCCUAGGCUUUGCAUUGACUUGAGUAUGACCGACCACAUGAGCAAGAAGGAGAUGUGCCGCCUUGCUGCUCAAAUCAGAAGACUUUAUGGUUCCAACAAGAAAGCUGCAAAACCAUUUUGGCUGUACCUGACAGGUUUUGUAGAAAACAGUCUGUUAUAUGAUGAAUGUGUGAGAAUGAAUGAUGGAUUUGUCCAUUAUCUGGUUGAAACUACAGAAGCCAGCUUUCUUGAUCUGUUUCCACUGGAGACAAUAGUUUAUCUCACUCCAGACUCUGACCAUGUCCUGGAAGACAUUGAUCCUACAAAAGUGUAUAUUCUUGGAGGACUUGUGGAUGAAAGUGUCCAGAAGAAAGUAACAUAUCAAAAAGCUAAACACAAUGGCCUGCAAACUGCACGACUGCCAAUACAGGAAUACAUGGUUAAGAAGGUUAAUGUGAAGAACUUCCACUCCGAGAUACUGGCUAUCAAUCAAGUGUUCGAUAUUUUACGCACCUACAGUGAAACACAGAGCUGGCCGGAAGCGCUGAAAGCUGGAGUGUCACCAGGAAAAGGUUUUGUCCUCCCAGGAGAAAUCAUACCGAAAAAGGAAUCCUCUUUUACUUAGUUUUACAUCUACUUAUUAUAAAUUAUUGUGAAGGGAAAAAAAAUUAACAGGAAAAGGAUUUUCAAAAA